CCCCACAACUCAAAUUCUUUUCUUCUUCUCCUUCUUCCUAUUAUUGUAAUAAUUAUUCAAAUAAUAUAAAUCUGAACAACGAUGACAUGAAAAGGCAAGAUGCAUCAUCUUCUUCAUAUUAUUGAUGAUCUUAAGACGCAGAUACAUCGAUCAUCAGUCUCGCUCUUCUAAUUUCCACUAUUCCAUCUUCAUCUAUCGCUCUAUGCACAUAAUAUGUAGUAAUUUUUAAUUGUUAAGUUCAAAUUUUGAUUGAGAGGGAAAGUAAUCAAAAUGGGAUUUUGGGGACUGUUGGUGGUGGCAUCGAUGCCGAUACUGCAGGUGUUGAUCGUAAGUGCAGUCGGAGCUUUCAUGGCUACUGAUUACCUCAAUCUACUUCCCAGCAACACUCGAAACUCACUUAACAAGAUUGUGUUUGUGGUUUUCACGCCUUCACUUAUAUUUGCAAGCCUUGUGGAGACUGUCACCUUUGAAGACAUCAUCUCAAUGUGGUUUAUGCCAAUAAACAUAGGAAUAACAUUCAUAUGUGGAGGAAUAUUGGGAUGGAUAGCAAUAAAACUAAUCAAACCAAAGCCUCAUUUACAAGGCCUCAUCAUAGCUAUGUGUUCAACAGGAAACUUUGCAAAUCUUCUAUUGAUAAUGAUUCCUGCAAUCUGCAUGGAUGAUGGCAGCCCAUUCGGUGAUCAUGGCAUCUGUAAAGCUAAGGCUCUCUCUUAUGCAUCAUUCUCCAUGGCUUUAGGUAGUUUCUACACAUGGACAUGUACUUAUCAGAUGAUCCAAGCCUCAGCUUUGAAGUACAAUUCUAAAAAAGAAAUCGAUAAAUUCUCAAAUGAUUCAGAUCAAAACACUCAUCUUCUCAAUAAACAAGAUGAUGAUCAUAUUGAUAGAAUCAUGCCUUCAUCAAGUUUGACUAGUCAAGAUACCGAAAACCAAUGUGUAAGCUUCAUUACAUUGUAUCUAUCACAAUUUAAAUGUUUAACAAAAGAAAUAUUAUCAUCCACAAACUUUUUGCAGAUUGUGAAGAAAAAAGUUGGAUCAAUUUCCGAUCAAUUAGUGGAAAUAAUAAAGAAAAUUGUAGAGCAGUUACUAGCUCCACCUACCCUUGGCUCUUUUGCAGGACUAAUUAUUGGGGCAAUCCCAUGGAUAAAAAAUCUUUUAGUUGGUGAAAAAGCUCCUUUACGUGUGAUUCAAGACUCCAUGACAUUACUCGGAGAUGGAACCAUACCUUGUUUGACUCUUAUACUAGGAGGCAACCUCACACAAGGUCUAAAAAAGGCGAGUGUGGGGCCCACAAUCAUUAUCACAAUUAUGAUAGUGAGGUAUUUGAUUCUUCCUGUUAUUGGGAUUGGUGUGAUAAAAAUGGCGGCUAAUAUGGGAUUGGUUCCGGUGGACCCGCUCUUCAGAUUCGUGUUGUUGAUAAUGUUUGCUCUGCCACCUGGCGUCAAUAUCAGUACAAUGGCUGAAUUGUUUAGUGUUGGGCAAGAAGAGUGUGCAAUGUUGAUGAUGUGGACUUAUUUGGCUGCUGCUUUUGCUCUUACAACUUGGUCAUCUGUUUACAUGUGGAUUUUAUCUUGAAAUUUUUGUACCUUAAAAGGUUGUAGUCAAGUUAAUCAUUAAUAUAACAAAGACCAUCUUUUAAA